AUGUUAACUCCUUACGUUCCUCCCGACGACGGAACGACCACCCAACACGACGGUACAGACUCCUUAGCCAUAAAAAAUACGCUACUUCGUCGCUUGCUGACCCGCAUCGCUCUCAAAACUACCGCGCGCUUGUACGAACACAAUGGACCUUGUAUUCCCAUUUCCAAACACCUCAUCGUCAAGACGGGGCCAUUUGUCCAUCUCACCGAAGCAGCAACUAUGAGUUUCGUCGCCGCCACUACUUCCAUCCCUGUCCCGGCUGUCCACUGCUCAUUCAUCCACAAGAAUCGACCCUUUAUCGUUAUGGAGCGCAUUCAAGGAAAUUCCCUCGCAGAAGCCUGGCCAACAUUGUCCGAUGCCGACCUGGACAACAUUUUCGCACAGCUUCGGCAAAUGUUCCAGGAACUGAGGGCUCUUCCGCCACCUCCUGGCACAGGAGUAGAAAGCUGUCGAGGCGGUUCGUUGCGCGAUUCCCGCAUACCACGGUCAAGACCCAGAUUCGGGCCGUUCAAGUGUGUCCAAGAUUUCCAUCGAUGGUUACGUGAAGAUCUCAGGCCAGAAGAACAGCCGGACCACAUGCAUGAUCAAGAAUGGAAGCAAAUAAAAGAAAUGGUGAGCAAACAGGACGGCCCGUGGCCACCGCCGGUGUUUACUCAUGGAGAUCUAAAUCCCUUCAACAUUUUAGUUCGCGGUGGUUAUGUCGUCGGUAUCAUUGACUGGGAGUUUGCGGGUUGGUACCCUUGUUACUGGGAAUACACUUCUGCAUGGUGUUGGAACCAUACUCGGCAAGCAUGGCAAGGUUUUAUUGCUCAGUUUCUUGAUCCCUACCCUGCCGAGCUUGAAAUGGAGAAGACACGCCAAAGAUGGUGGGGAGAUAUCUGAAGUCUUGCCAAAUACAGUUCUAAUACCCUGUCUGAAACACAAUCCUACCAGAUGCACGAACGAAACAGAAACAAAUAUCAACCAGAAACGGAUCCUGCUAG